CGAUCCCAGACAUUUUUGCUACUUUCUACUUUGACUCAAAACAUCUGGUUUACAUUUGAAACUGUUUCUCUGCAUUGCCAACACAUGGAAGAGAUCAGGUGAUGAAAUAUCUCUUUUGUUGUGCAACUUCCUCAGACAUUACGGUCAAUGUAGAGAAGCAGGAAGAAUCUGCAGCCUUAUCUGUAUGCAUGUAUGUGAGCCGGCAUGCAGGCACAGAAAGGAAAUACGGGUUUUUCAGCUUUAGGGUUUUGUUUUUGCCUGAUGAUUUCCGGAGUGGCACUGCAGGCAGUGGACAACAUGGAGGGAAAUGUGACAGCUUCUGAGGAAACAGUCCGUCACUCGCCGUCUCUGUGUGCUGGAGAACAACAAUACAUUGACAGGAGGAAAGAAAUUGUCCUACAGGCAUUGAACAAUCUGCAGAUCAACUGUAGUGCGGAUUUCGUCCCUCACAUUGCCCUGGUGGCUUCUGGUGGGGGUCAAAGGGCAGCUGUGAGUCUGACAGGCUUCCUGUAUCAGCUGGAAAAGGAAGCCAUGCUGGACACUUUGCUUUACAUAGGAGGAGUUUCUGGGUCAACAUGGUCCAUGGCCGUCCUGUACAAUGACCCACAGUGGAGCUCCAACAUGGACGAAGCGCUGUCCAGGCUGUUGGGUCCUGGGGUGGAGCUGGAGCACGCUGUGGCCUGGUUGGCUGAAAAGUCCAAGGAGGAGCAUUUCUCUCUCACUGACAUCUGGGGGGUUCUAACCUCUGCUGGCAUCAUGAAACAGAUGGAUGAACGCCGUCUGUCAGAGGAGGCGAGCAGGAACGCCACCAACCCCUACCCCGUCUACUGUGCUCUGGAGAAACACUGCUUCGCUCAUGGGCCGCUACAAGGUAAAUGGUUUGAGGUGAGCCCUCAUGAGGCAGGAUUCACAGAGUUGAACCUCUUUGUUGAAACGUCACUGUUGGGCAGCAAGUUUCACAACGGGGAGCUGAUGGAGAAGAAACCAGAGAUGGACAUGAUCAGGCUGCAGGGGUUUUUCGGCUGUGCACUGGCCCAUGAGGAAGUUAUCAGGGAUGUGAUCCCUCCUUGGCUUAAUGUGCCGGCAGAUGAUGUAACCAAGGAAUACCUGCGUGUGUACAACGUGCUCAGAAACCUGAUCACUCUCACCUCAAGCACCAUUAAGGAUCCUACUGCCCUGUCUGAGCUUGACAAGUUGCAGAAAAUCCUGCAUGACAAGGUGCAUCAUAAUGAGUCAGUUCUGCUGGAGUCUCUGAGUCCAGAAGAAAGAAAAAGUCUGUUCCAACAGUGGGGCCUUGGCCUGGUGCAGGCAGUGGAGGCCUGGGGCCAAAGUUUGGAGGAUGGAGCUUUCAAAACAUCAGUUUCUAUCCUUACAAAGAAAGUCCUUCCUCUUAUUUUGAAGUGGGAGUGGGGAACAACCAGCAACUUCCUCUAUCAGUUCCAGAAUGAUUCAGUUCCUGAUUGUCUCCAGACUAAAGAAGAAUUUCACCUGAUCGAUGGAGGGCUGCUGAUCAACAUGGCCUACCCGUCAUUCCUGGGAGAGAAGAGAGACAUCGACCUCAUCAUUGCACCAGAGUCUAGUGCUGGAAUUAUGUUUGAGACGCUGAUUCUUGCCCGGAACUAUGCAGCUGAAGUGAAUAAACCUUUCCCACAGAUAGAUGAUAAAAUCCUGGAGGAGAGUGACUGGCCGAAGGACUGCUACGUGUUUGAGGGAAAAGAAAAAGAGCCGACCAUCAUCUACAUGCCGCUUUUCAACCAGCAAAACUGCAAAGAUGCAGAGGAGGUCAAGGCGAGGAUGAAGGAGUUCUCCACCUUCCAGCUGCCCUUCAGUCAAGAGAAGAUUAACUUCCUUUUGGAGACGGCCAAAGCUAACAUGAAGAACAACAGGGAGAUUGUGCUGAGAGAGAUGAGGAAAGCUGCUCUUCGUCGAAUGAGGAAGAUGAGCAAAUGAGUCUGUGUGAAGGUGCAGGGGAGCAAAAUGAGCCAGACAGAGAGAUAAAAGGAUCCAAGAUUCUCUCUCAGCUCAUAAAUGUAUAAUCUGAAAACUCACUGUGUCGUCCAAACAGAUGAUGAAAAAAGAAUACUGAAUAACAGCAGUUAAGGAUCUGAGUGUAUAAUACUAAGAAAUGUUUUCACAUUACAUACUCAUAUUGGAUUUUUAUGACAUGUUUUCUUUGAUUUUUGUUGCUUUGGCUUUAUAUGAAGGUUUUCACACUGAUGUCAGUUUAUUAGCUCAAAAACUGAUAUCAUGUUGAAAACUUUCUCUGAUUGCUGGCAGAUUGUAAUGUUUGUCUUUAUCACAUUAAGAUGUUACAUUAUUUGUUCCUAAGCUAAAAGAGCUUGUUGACCUUUAUUCAUAGUGGUUGGAUAUGACAAAUACAGAGGCUUAUAUUGUUUUACCCAGCGCAGUGCUGAGUAAAAUGUUAUGACAAUUAGCAGGAAACCAGGAGCCGAGUGGGUCAUGGAGGUUUAGGGGACCAGGAUGCAUGUUGCUCUGGAGAAGACUGACUGUCCACUGUGGACUCUGAGACCGUGCAGGGUGACCAGAAUUAAAGGGGCAGUGCUGCGUGUUUUCCAGGCACAUUGUACCUUUUAUAGCACAGACAAAAAAUAACCUUCAGAUGUUUUAUAUGUACAUAUAUUAAAAAAAUCUGCAUAUAUCAGUCUUGACUUAAAAGAAGUUUGACUUUGUGGUUCAAUGCCUUGAAAUUGGGCCUCUAUCACUUUAAGAAAAUAGUUUUUCUUGAUGUCCACCUUCAACAUGGCUCCUCUAUUAACACUUGAACGUUUUUACCAGCGUCGCACUGAGAUGAGAGUCUUUUGUGAAUUGAAAU